AUGACGCAGAAGUUGUUGCCUUCAGAUCUAGAAGAAAUAUUUGAGAUUGAUAUCAACACAAAAGAAGUUAAGAAAAAAGAAGAAAAUGAAACAAAAAAACCGAAGAAAAUGAAUGAACAAAACCAAAAAAUUUUACAGAAAUUUGAUAGUUAUGACACAGAACAUAAUGGAGAAUUAGAUGUAUAUCAAUUAAAGAAAUAUAUUGAAAAAGAAUUUAAUAUUAGUUUGACAGAAGAAACAAUUAAAUAUCAUUGUGGUCAAACAUUCUUACAAAAAGCUUAUAAAGUUCAAAGAAGUGAAUUUAUUGCGUUUCAUAAAUAUAUUACAUCUAAUUUAAAUGAAAUGAUAAAAGAAAAAACAGGAAAUAUUUUUAAUUCAUUUGAAAAUCAAUUUGCUGAUAAAACUGGUGUUGAUAUUCAAUAUAAAUACCUUGACCGAAAUAUUUUUACCAUUUCUUCAUUUGAUAAACCACAUGCACUUAUUUCUCCACAACAACAAUGUCCAAAUGACAAAUAUCAUCGAACUAUUUACAACCAAUUAUUUAAUCAAUCAAUAUCAAUUUUUCAAACACCAAAAAAAUAUAUUAGUGUAUUUGAAGGUAAAGAAAUAACAAAAAUUUCAUUACCAUCUAACAAUGAAGAAUUUAAUGUUGACUCACUCAUUCAAACAGAAACACAUAAACCUGGUUCAAGAAAGAAAAAGAAUAAAUUUUUAUUCCAAAAUUUUAAUGCUAAAAUUACUUCAGAUGAAUUAUUAUAUUCAACAACAUUAUGUAAUGCUCAACCUCGUUCUAUUCAAGAAUUAUUAAAAAUAAGAAAACCUACUAUUGUUAAUAUUACUAAGUUUCAAAUAAAUAUGACUACUGAUAAUUUAUAUUGUAGAAUGAGUUUAUAUGAUAAAAAUUAUAUUAAAUUAACAUCGGAUUUCUAUUUUACAUUAACUUCUGAUGCUUUAAAAGAUCAUAUAAAAGAAACUAAACCACUUAAUGUUCCAUUAGUAUCAAUUCCUUUAAAAGAAGAGUUUAUUGGAGAAGAAGAAAAUUAUGUUGUGUUACAAGUCUAUAAACAAAUGGAUCCAAACAUUGAUUUUGCACGAGACAUUUUUAGUGAUGAAGGUCAAAAAGAAUUAAAAACUAAAAAGAAGUAUAUUGAUGGAAUUAAAGAAUCGAACCGUAUCUUUGAACAAAAAGGAAUGUUACAAUUAUUAAUGUUUAGUGCUGCGUUAAUUAAAUUUAAACCAAAAUAUGAUCCAUUUAAAUUAGUUAAGCCAGUAGGAGAUCCUAAAGAUGUUGUUUCAAUGAUUAAAGACAUUGACAAAAUGAAAACAUGUGGAUAUUGGGAAUUUGUUUUUAAGCCAUCAAAAAAAGAAGAUGUUCAUUAUGAUGGAUUCAUGGUAACUAAUACUCAAGAUGGUACAAAUGGAUCUCAAUUUUGUACUAUGACUGAUUUAUCAAUUCAAGAGAAAGAGGAUAUUUUUAUGGAUUAUGAAAACUUAUUAUUUGUUUAUCCAACUGAAAUUUGUCUUGGUAAAGAGAAAAAAAGAAACGGAGUUUGUGUUACUGUUUAUCUAAGAGAUAAUGAUAAUGACAAAUUUACUCCAGGAGUAUCUAAACCAAUGGCAGCUAUUUAUCCAAUGGCUAAUACUCCUAUACAAUCUCUUACAAGGUCAUUCACUACUGCCGUAUCAAUGGAUAUCAUCCAUUUCUUUCCUUCUAUUCUUCAAAAGUGUCUAGAAGAUGCUACCUCAGGAAAACAAGAAAGUCUUAUUAAGUUAUUUGAAAUAACCAAUUUGAUUGAUAACAAUAAAGAGAUAUCUCAAGAACAAAAAGAAAAGUAUCGAAUAUAUAAGAAUCCAAUAAUACUUGAUAGUAUCAAUCAUUUUGUUUCAUAUAAAAGUGAUGAUGGGAGAUAUUAUUGUCAAGUUAUUACUUCAUUAUUGCCAGUGUUAUUUGCUAAAAAUGAGAGUAUUUGUAAAGAACGAUUAAAAUAUUGUUGGGUUAUUUAUUCCUUAUUGAUCAAAUCAAUUAUUGGAUAUUUAAAAGAUUAUAAAGCAUUUGAUGCUCCUAAUUUUCAUGAUUUUUGUUUUAGUGAACAAGGUAAGUAUGUUGGAUUUAAUUUAUCUACAAAUAUUUCUUUAUGUUCUGACUUUAUUUGUUUUUGUUCAGAUUCAGGGAUUGUAGAACCAAGUAUAAUUAGAGAUGCUAAUUUGUUCUUUGCUGAGUUCAUUAGGGACUUAGCUAUAAUGUGGAGACAUGAUGAAAUGGCUAAACUUGUUGACACUCAUCUUGAUCGUCUUUCAAUGCUUAAAACAAAUGAUCCAGAAAGAAUAAAUUUUCAACAAUUACUUCGUCUUGAAUUUAUUUCUGUAUUAGCUGAAAGUGAUAGGUUAUAUCAAAUUAAUGGACCACAACUACUUGAAAUUAAAGAAAUUAAUAAAUUAAAUGAUCAACUACAACAACGACACACUUUAAUGUUUAUUAUUCUAAGACAAUAUUUCCAAUUAAUAUUAACUCAUGAUAAAACAAUUAGUAAAAUGGCAUUACAAGAAUUAAUUAAUAUUAUGAAUAAAUAUGACCUUGACAAACAAUUUUCAACUCAAACAGAACGUGAUAAAUUCUUUAAUAUGAUAUUUCCAUUUGUGUUAUUUAUUCUUGACGAUUCAGAAAAGAUUAAUGAAUGGAAAGCAAAAGACUGUUUAGCAGAUUUAUAUGAUAUUGAAACACUUUAUAUUAUUUUCUUCUUCAUUCUUAAAAAUUUAAAAGAAGAAACUGUUCAACAAUGGUUAGUUUCUGAUUUCCUUCCAAGUCUUCUUAAUUCAUUACUAACUCAUAUCAGAAAAGCAUUACUAUUAUUUAGUAGAUAUCCAAAUACAUUUAUUCCUAAUGCAUCAAAAACUUAUAUUAAGGAAUUAACAAUAAUGCUUAAUGGUAUAUCAAAAAGUGCUCCGAGUUCUAAAACUCCUUCACCUGGGUUAAACAGAAACCAAUCUUCAACUAAACUACAUCCAGGAUUAGGACUUGGUGUUUCUGGAAGAAGAUCACUAUUAUUAAAAAAACCUGUAGAAAUACCAUCUGAAGAAAUUCUACAAUCACCUAGAAAAGGAGAACGGUCAAGCCCAUCUUUAGAUGGAACCAAAAAAAUAACUGGAUUUAUGGAAAGAUCAGGAAAUGCACAAUUUUUAGGAGGAAGAAAUAGAUCUAAUUUGAUGACAUCAUCAGAAAGUAAUAAUAAUACAGGUAGAAGUACUGAAGAUGAUUUAAUUAUUGACAUUGCAUUAAUUUCAAUGGACUUUGUUGAAACUAUCAUUGGGGUAUUAGUAAAUGAAGAAAAUACUCAAGCACUUGAAAGGGCACAAGAAAUAAUUUCAUCAGUACUUUUUGAAGUUAAACCAAAUGAUAGUUAUCUUAUUAGUCUAUAUGAAUUUAUUAGAACUAUGAUUAUAACAUAUAAAGAAUUCAUUUUUAAAAGACCAAACAACUUAGCUUUGAAUUUACUAAAAAAUUUAUUACGAUUUUCUAAUUCAGCUACUAAAAACCAAAAGAAUUUUGCUAAUAACUUAAUCUUCAUCUUUGCUAAAACAAAUUUCAUUGUUACAGGAAAUACAGUUGCUACAAUAGUUAAUGCUACAAGUGCUUUAUCAGAACUUCAACUUAAUGAUGUUCAUAAUAUUGAAGAAUCAAUUAAAGGUUUAGUUAAUUUAGCAGAAAAGUAUCAUGAUAAUUUUAAUAAUAAACUUCAAAAAUGCAUUGAGUUAUCACUUAAUGAAGGGGUUAGAAGAAAUAAAUCAUUAAAACGAGUUCAACGAUUAUAUAAAGCAAUUGAUGCAGGUGAUCUUGAUGUUUUUAUUACAUUUGUUUUAGAUUGUAUUAAUGUAUUAAAUGGAUUACUUGACUUUACAAUGAAUGCAGAACCAACAAUAAUAAAUGGAUACAUUGGAAUGAAAAGAGAUUUAGUUAAAAUGUUUAAAACGAAUGAGAACUCUAAAAUGGUUAAAUGUUGGAUAGAAUUUAUUGAAGGUAAAGCUAUGAAUAUUAAUGAAACAUUUAAUGGGUUUCUUGAAGAAAAAAUUAAAGAAAUUAACAUUCAAUAUAAUAAUUGUAUUGAAAAAAUUAAUUUAUUAGAAGGAAAAUGUGAUAUCAAUGAAAAGGAAAUGAAAGAUUUAGAAGAAAAAUGUAAGACUAAUAAAAAAAUUGGAGAACAAUUAUUAGAUUGGGCAAAGAGAUCACUCUCUAUUGAUAGUUGUGAAUUAGAGUCAUUCGAUGAUGUACAAUUAAUUAGAAAGAUUGAAGAGUUAGAAAAAGAACAAACAAAAAGAACAAAUGAAGUUAAAACUAUGUUAGAUGAAUACACUUCAUUUGAUAAAACACUAACAACAUUUAAAUUAUCUUCUAAUCCAUUAUUCCCUGUUACUAGUCAAGAAAUGAGUGAUGGGGUUAGAAAAGUUCUUCAAUUACAUCAGUCAAGAAUUAAAGCUGUUAAUAGUCAUUUACAAACAAGAACAUCGUAUGACUCAGAAAAGGAAAGGUAUACUAGUAAAAUCCGUUCAUUUGAAAUGGUGAUAGAAAGAAAAUAUUUUGAUAUUUGUGAUGAUAUUAUGACGUUACCAUUUAAUAAAAUUUUCUUAAAAGAGUCUAUAGAUAAAUUAAAAGGAUUAAAUCAAGUAUAUGUUAGUGAUAUCAAUAAACUUACUCAUAAGAAAGAAAAAGUUGGAGGACUAAAACCGUCAUGGGAAAUUGCUUAUUGCAGUUGGGAAGAAAGUAUUAGUUAUGCUAUAUCAGUCGUCGAAUGGUUAGCACAAUUAAUAGAAAAUGUUAAAAAUAAUGAAGAAAACAUAUUGCAAAUGAAGAAAUGGUAUGAUAAUGAAAGAAUAUUUGUUAAAACAGUAGUGUCAGCAUAUUUAUGGGAUGGACUAUAUAUUUCAUUAGAUAAAGUUACUAUGAGACAAUCCAAUGAUUAUUUGAACACUCUUGCUAAAGUUUCACAAUAUUUAUUGAACCAUGUCAAGGAAGCAGAAAAACAAUAUGAAGAUUCAAAUCAUUUAAUUGAAGAUUUAAGAAAAAGAAAGAAAUUACCAAUAGGAUUUAAAUAUCUUCAGAUGGUACAACAAGAACAUUUUCAAGAAGUAGAACCUUUAACAAAGUCAUUUGUUGAUAAAUGGAAAGAAGAAGAAAAAGUAGAAAAAAUUAGAAAAGAUUACGCAACACUAUUUGAAGAAUUCUUUAAUGAAACUGAUAAAAUUUCUAACACAGAACCAUCAAAAGUUCCUGGCUCAGUUAUUCAAAAAGUACAAAGUUUAAGAGAUAAGUUAUUAAUUUAUGACGAACAGAAAAUAGAUAAAUUAAAUAGAUAUUGUGACUUAAAAAGAAGUGAACAAACAGUUUGGGCUAGAUGUUCUGCUUUAGGUAUUCCUGAAAAAGAGGUAAAACAAGAAAAAGAAAAUAAUACUAUUAAGUCUCCAAGAAGUCCAAGAAAUUCCCUUUACCUAUACAAUGGUAGAAGUCCUAAUCUUCAAACUUCACAAACUGGAUUCCAAAGAGGAACAAGAAGAGGAGAUGAAAAUAAAGAUAUUAUUGGAUAUUUUAUUACAAAUGAAGAAAAUGUUAAACCAGAUUGUUUCUAUGAUCUCUCUGUUGGUCAAAGAGAAGCAUUUGAUAAAGAUUUAAAGGUUGUACAAGAUGAUAUUGUGAAAAUAUUGAAUAAUUUGAAUAACCUCAAUGAAUUAAAGAAUCAAUCACAAGACCCACAGUUUGCACUUGGUAGAUAUUAUCAAUUUGCUAUGGACUAUGUUUCUGCACCUCAACUACAUAUGACUUGGAUUGCAAAAUUAGCAAACGAGCAUAGAACAAAACAACAAUUUGUUGAAGCAGGACUAUGUGAAGUUCAUUUAAUACUUUUCAUUCACCAUUUAUUACCAAGUGAGUUAGUGUCAAUCAAUGUUGAUUCUUUAAAAACAACUUUUGGUAAAUUCGUUCGUAAUACUUCCGUUCCUCCUAAUCCACAAUUUACUGCUCACCUUACAGAAGAAAUGAUUCUUCAACACAUUACUGCUGCAUGCCAUGAUUUUGAACAAGGUCAUAUGCCAUGGUAUGGAUUAACUGUGGCAUCAGUUGUUAUUCCAUAUUACAUUAAAAAGAAUAAAUAUAAAGAAUUAGGUAAUACUCAUGACUUUGUUAAUAGGAUGUACGAUUCAUUGAUAAAACAUAACGGUGAUGGUGUUGUAAGAGACUAUCUUCAAUUUUAUUAUGUUAGAUUAUUCGGAAAAGUAUUUGGACCAGAGUUAAAUAGAUGUUCAUUUGUUUAUUCUUCAACAAAAGAAAGAAUGUCGUAUUUAUUAAAAGAAGUCACUGAUAUUCUUCCACCAUCUUUUACUGGGGAAAAACAUAUUUUACGUUCCUUAGAUCAAGUCAAUGAUACAGUGCUGAAUGCACCAGAUAAUGAAUGUUAUAUUCUUUGGACUCAAGUUCAACCAGUUUAUGAUAAUGGAGAUUUCAUUCAAUAUAGUUCAACAUUUAAUUUUGAUGAGCUAUGUGUUAAUAGAGAAGAAGGAGAAGAAAUGCUAUCAACAUCAAAUGCUCCAGCAUUGAGUUUGUUUAAAAAGAGAACAACCUUACAAACAGAUUUUGUAUUACCUAGUUUAUUAAAAAGACAAAAUGUUAUAAAUCAAAGUGUUAUUUAUUUAACUCCAAUAGAAAUAAUCAUUGAAGAAAUUCAAAAGAGAAAGAAAAAUAUAGAUUAUUUCCUUUCAGAAAGUAAAAAGUUCUUUGGAGAAGUUGCUUUUGAUAUUAUAAGUUUCUUACAGAAGAGUAUCGGUGAUUAUUUCUUUGGUUCAAAUGAUACUCCAGUUGGUAAGUCAAAUGUCUUUAAUACCAUGAAAAUUAUUGAUGUUUUAGAUAUUUUUUACAAAGACUUAGACCGUUUUGACAUGGUGUUAUACAAUAAAUUGUUUGAUAUUUUAAAAGAAUCUACUAAUUGUUGUUCUGAAGCCCUUGCAGUUAUCAAAGAGAAUUCAAAAAUUAGAAAGAGUAGUGCUAAUUUAGAAAAGAUUGAACGUGAAUUACCAAGAAUUGAUAAAGUUCUUGAUGACAUAGAAAAGAGAUUAGAAGAGAAAAAGGAGGAUGUCAUCGCAUGA